AUGGCUCAUAAGCGUUUGGUAACUGUAGUUGGAGCCACGGGUGCUCAAGGCGGUGCGGUUUUACGAUCAUUGAUUGCAACGGACAAAUAUAAGAUUCGCGGUUUAACACGCGAUGCAGCAAGUGAAAAAGCUCAAGCAGUAAAACGUUUGAAUGAUCAUAUUGAGAUGGUCUCAUGCGAUAUCAACAAGAGAGAGGAUGUUGAAAGAGCAUUUAAAGAUUCAUGGGCUAUUUUCGCUCUAACAGACUUUUCGUCACAAAUCAGUCAACCUGGAGCUGAAAUUCAACAAGGUAAAGGGAUGGCAGAUGCUGCUGCUGCACUUCAAAUUCCAUACUUCAUAUUCAGUACCCUUGAAGAUGCUACGAAACUGAGCGGUGGCAAAUAUGUCGCGCCACACUUCGCUGAGAAAGCUAAAGUACGCGACUACAUCAAGGAAUACCACCCGACUUUGAAAACAAUUUAUGUCGAGCCCGCAUUCUACAUGCAAAACUGGUCGAACAUUUUCAAACCACAGAAAUCGGCUGAUGGUGCGAUGAUUUUCGCACUGCCUAUCGACGAGAAGACGACAUUGCAUAUGGUGGAUAUCGAAGACACUGGUCCGAUAGUUUGUAAAAUUUUGAAUGAUCCAGACAAAUAUGUGGGUCAAGAUAUUUGCAUUUGCGGUGAAGCUAUUCAAUUUAGCGACAUUCCUAAAGUUUUUACUAAAGUUACUGGCAUUCCGGCUUUAGCUAAAACAUUAACGGAAGAAGAAUACCGAUCGGCAAUUCAGUUCCUGCCGAAAUUUGUACAAGAUGAAUUAUUUGCUAUGUUUCAAUGGUUUCAAGAAUAUGGCUAUUAUGGCAAAGACAAAGAUUGGACAACUGGACAAAAGUUAACAGCAUUAAAUACAUUUGAGCAAUGGCUGAAAAAAACCGGUUGGAAAGGUCAAUAA